AUGCUAGUGUUUCAUGUUUUUUUAUCACUAGAGAAAAUGGAUAACAUAGGGAAUGUCGAUCAGAGGGAUGAAGUAAGGAUGCAUCGGCAAUACAGAAUUGAACUGAGAAGGAGAGAGCAAGCUCGGGAAGCACUGUUGAGGGGAGGAGUACUGCCGCCGCCAGCAGUUGGAUCAAGUUGUGUAAAAGGAGAGAGGCCUUCAAUGGAAGAUGAGAUUUCAAUUCACCCUAAUUUUUGCUCUCCGCCCAUCAAUGGCGGUCGACCCAUUCAUUUCUACGCCGUUUUUGAUGGUCAUGGUGGUCCCCAGGUAUCUGCGCUGUGCAGGGAAAAAAUGCACUUGAUUAUAGCAGAAGAACUGAUGCGCCCAGAGAACAAUACAAACAUGACGAGUAGUAGCUCCAGUUCAUAUAGAAGAGAAGAACGAGAUAUGGAGGCGACAUGGAUAAGAAUUCUGCAAAGAAGUUUCCAGCGUAUGGAUAAAAUGAUAUGUUUUGACUGUGACUGUCCUACUUUAACCUACAGCUGUUUGUGCCCACCAAAUCACAACUUGCGUCAGAUUGGCUCCACCGCAAUCAUAGCAAUUGUAACAGAUCAUGCCAUUGUCAUUGCUAACUGUGGUGAUUCCCGCGCUGUUAUGAGCAGCGCUGGAAACACCAUCCCUCUCUCCUUCGAUCACAAGCCAAGUAGGAGGGAUGAACUGGCUAGAAUAAGGGCUGCGGGAGGAGAACUAGUUUAUUCAAAUGGAUUACGGGUUCAAGGUGUUCUAACCAUGUCUCGGGCAAUAGGAGACAGUUUCUUGAAGCCAUAUAUCAUAUCAGACCCUGAGUUUACCUUCGUAAACAGGAAGGUAAACGAUCAGUGUUUAAUACUUGCUAGCGAUGGGUUAUGGGACGUCGUAUCCAAUGAAACAGCAUCUCAAAUAGCAACAGUGUGUGUCCAUGGAGAAGCAAUAUUUUUUUCGCCCAGUGAAUCAGCAGCAUCGUUGCUUACUCGGACUGCUACUGGGAGGAAUAGCACUGAUAAUGUAAGUGUUAUUGUAGUUGAUUUUACAAGACAUUAAGGAGGAGAAAUUGUAUCAUAUAUUAAGAAACAAUGUAUCUAGUUUGUGAUGGGCGAUUUUCUAAAGAA